UAAUAAAGAACACUGCAGAAAAGAGUACAUGGAUAGUUGGAAAGUGAAACUGGAAGAGAAGUUCUUCAGAAGUUGCGUUUUGGAGGCAUGGGAACAGGUGCGCAUGUCAGAUUUGAAUCAGGAAUGGCUCUUAAAAUGAAUGAAAUUGCAAAUUUUCCAAGCAAUUUUUAAAUUUUCGAGAAAGUUUAGCACGCAAGCUAAUAAUGGCAGACAACAAAUCCUUGUGGCAACAGCUGUGGAAUCAUACAAAAUUGUCACAUAAAAUUACAUAGAGAACAAUAACAAAGAUUAUAUAUUUAUAAGUGUCUCAACAUCGAAUAGUGUCUAAUAACUAGCCACCGAAAGUGCGUACAAUAAGAUCCUUUUGCGAAACUUUGUGUACAAAAGCGAUAGCACUACCAACUUCCCGUUGUGCACCAGUUAUUAUCAGAUUUAAAAGUAAAUAACUGCACAAGAUUUCACAAGCUUCUCCAUUGUUGUACUUAAAGUUGCAGUCUAUUGCACAGCUUGUUGAACACGUGACACAGCGCCGCGCAGGUGAGUCAAUUGUUUUGGCUUCCAAGCUAUACGCCGAUUAUGUGUUGCGAUUUUAUGGGUGCUACAAAGUGAUGAAUGCACAACUAGGGCAACAACAACACAAUAUAGCACACGCAAGUCUUGUAACUGAGACUAUAGCCGCCGUUAUGGCGCCCAUUCUGGAUAGAGGCAAUGCAACUGCGCGUUAUGUCACCGAUGGUACAGCCACAACAGCCACAGUUCCUACCAUUUGGAGCAGUGAAGGUGGCGGUGGUGGUGGCGGCAGUGGCAGUGGAAGCGAUGCUUACAAUGGCCUUGGCAUGGCAAUGAUAGCCACAGUCGACAAUACCGAUGAUUCCAAUGACACCCAGUUAUACGAUCACAAUUCGAGCUAUUACUAUGAUUAUCCGCCUCCAUGUCAAUCAAUGGAUUUCAAUACAAAUAUGACAUAUUGGAAUGUAACUUGUGAUAACCCCUUGGAGUAUGGCAUGCCUUUAUAUGGUUAUUGUAUGCCUUUUCUAUUGGUUAUUACCGUUGCUGCGAAUUCUUUGAUAGUGGUGGUAUUGAGCAAAAAACACUUGGCGACGCCGACAAAUUACGUAUUAAUGGCCAUGGCAAUAUGCGAUAUGCUGACGGUGAUGUUUCCGGCGCCAGGACUAUGGUACAUGUACACAUUCGGCAAUCAUUACAAGCCACUGCAUCCGGUGUCGAUGUGUUUGGCAUAUACCAUAUUUAACGAGAUUAUGCCAGCUGUAUGUCACACGGCGUCCAUUUGGCUGACCUUGGCGUUGGCUGUGCAAAGAUACAUCUAUGUUUGCCACGCUCCCAUGGCGCGUACCUGGUGCACAAUGCCGCGUGUCAAGCGCUCAACGAUGUACAUCGCUUUGGUCGCCUUUAUGCAUCAGUUAUCCCGCUUCUUUGAUCGCGCCUAUUUCCCGAUACACAUCGAAUGGAAUGGCCACACAACGGAGGUGUGCCAUGUGGAAACUUCGGAUUGGGUACAUAGAUAUUUGAGCGAAGAUUUAUAUUUCUCGAUGUAUUUCCUAUUCCGUGUGAUUUUCGUGCAUGCCGUACCGUGCAUUUUACUCGUCACUCUAAAUGUACUACUCUGGUGGGCAAUGAAACAGGCAAGGGAUCGACGUAAGGCGCUCUUUCGCGAUAAUUAUAAAACUGAAAGCAGAAAAGUACGUGACAGCAAUUGCACCACUUACAUGUUGAUUACGGUGGUAUCUGUGUUUCUGGCUGUUGAAAUACCUAUCGCUAUAGUGACAUCAUUGCAUAUCGCCUCCUCGUUAUUUGGCGAAUUUCUUGACUAUCGCAUAGCAAAUAUCUGGAUAAUGUUUACGAAUUUCUUUUUGGUGGUUAGCUAUCCGAUCAAUUUUGGCAUCUACUGUGGCAUGUCGCGACAGUUUCGUGAAACAUUCAAAGAUAUAUUUAUACCACGGUUUCUUAUCAAAAAGGAUACUUCCUCCAAGUACUCAAUGGUUAAUGGACCACGUUCAUGCACCAGCACCAAUGAGACUGUCCUCUAGUAAAUGGUAAUGUGGGUGCCGUUUCGUGGUGCUGGCGCAGGCGGUAAGAAGUGGCGAAACGGUGCUAUGGCAACAAAGGUGGCGCGACAAUCGCGACGAAAAAGCGAAUAUAAAACGAAUGUUGAUAUUAUAGCCGAGGAGUCGAUAGUGGUGAUGGCCGCAGUGGAGGAGGGCAAGAACGAAGUUAGAGUGUUGAAUGAAGAGAGCGAGAGUGGGAAAGGUUUAGUGUAAGUGAGGGUAGAGUAGUUUUUGGGAGUAUGUAAAGUUAUUGAGAGUAUAUAAUAUUAUAAUUUUGCAUACAAGCAAUUUGAAGUUACACAUUGGGUGUUUAAAUUAGGCUUAACAAUUUUUAAACUUUUUUUAUUCUUUAAUCUUUUAUUUAUUUAUAAUUUUGUGUAAUGUUACCAAUAAAACUACGUAUGUGCCAUCGAAUGCUAAAACGUACAACUAUGUUGCUAGCAAUUUGCUUAAUUUUUUAGAGAUGAUUUUGGAUUUUACCUAGAAUAAGCAGGAUCGGCAUAACCCGCACCACCAAAUAUUUGGCAAAUUCGAUUUAAAUAAACUUUCGUAAUAUUUUUAAUAUCACUGUACGGCUGCCGGCUGGGGAAUUGAUGAAACUAAGAUUUUCUGAAAGCCUGGGAGGUAUGAAGGAACUAAAUUUCUCAGUGUUCGCAGUAUGGCGAUUCUAAGCUUUUUUCAAUUUGAUGCUGCUGGUCGCGGAAGAAAGUGUUUAAAGAAAUUAAAAUUUAUUCAAAUGCAAAUAUUUUUACUAAAAAUGGUUUUUCUACGAGUUCUCGAGUACGAGGAAUCUGAAGGAGGAAUUUAUUAUUACUAGAAAUGGUUGAUAGAGUGCGCUUUAACACAAGAAAACAAGAAAAGUUCCAUAUUUUAGCAUUUUUUCCAGAAGAAGGCUAUCAAAUCAUAUGGCAAAUACCUCCAGACCUCAAGGAAAACUUAAUUUCAUCAAUUCUUAAGAAAAAUCAAAAAUGCGCUACUGUAUAUGUAUUAUGCUCAAUAUUUUAAAUAGGCUAAAUGUGAAUAUAUUCACCGCCUAUGGCAAUAAUGACCUUACGAAAUCCAGUCGCACUUUUAGUAGAUUUCUGAGCGUUUUCAUGCAGUUUUCAUGCAAUUUCCCUGUAAACUACUCUAAACCAAAUGCUAACUCCAGUCUACAAGAAAUAAUCAUAACCUGAUCAAAUCAGGGUCUCUACUCUUUACCUUCGUUUAUAUUUCUGUAUAAUUUUUUAGGAACUCUCAAAGAUUUUGUAAAUAGACAUUUUUCAUUUAAUUCAAUUUCCAUUUUCUAAUGUUCUGAAUUGAAUUAGCAUAAAAAAAAUGUCAAACUUUUUGAUGCCAUAUUUUAAAGCUUAAGCAGAAACCCUUGUGUCAUAGCUCGAAUAUCCUUGCCACAAUGAAUAUCAUGCACUGGCUGCAUACAUAAUUAAUUUUUAGUUCCAUAUUCUUGUAAUAGAUUCACUUUUCAAAUACUGAAAAAAUCCGUUGUAAAAAAAAAAAAAAAAAUUUAUACUCUUGCGAUGAUUUUUUGAUACAAACUUUCAUUUUCCAAAAACACUUUCCUCGCAAUUUAGCCAAAUAAUAAUAUAUUUUCUGUGCUUUUAAGCUAAGUGGCAUCUCCUAACGCAGAUUUGUUCUGGUUGAGCAGUGGUAAAUAAACAAAAAAGCCCCAUUGACCACGUAUGCGAGCGCUUAUGAGCUUAUAAAUAUAAUACAAAAAAAACUAUUUACACAAACAAAAGUUUUAUAAUAAAUAAUCACUAAUAUUAUCUAGUCCCUACACGAAAGAAGUAAAUUUUUAUGGCUUUACUGUAUUAGGAAUCUUAAAUGCUGUCAGAUAAAUGAAAAACCUAAAACAGACGUUGCUAAAGCAGCUAAAAUAUCUUAUGUGUAUAAUUAUUUUGUUCAUUCAUAUGUGGCCACCCUGUUCGUGAAUAUUUUUAGUUUAACACUUCCCUGAAUUGAGAUUUUAUGAAUAUUAAUGUUGAAAUAUACUAUUUACUUACCCUAGUUAAAUCAUUUGAAUUAUUAUGGCAACUCUUUUAAAAAUAUUUCCGCAUUAAAGUGUAUUUAGAUACUUUCCGGUUGCUUGCAAGAUUUCAAAAAACUUACAUAUUUAAUGCAUUAACAUUUUCUGGUUAAUUGGCAAGUCGUUCCAAAAAUAUUCCAAAUUGUGGAGACCCUGCUUAAAAUAUUUGUGCAAUAUUUUUGCCAUAUGUAUCUGCAUCAUUUUAAUUGCUUGCAUAUGUUUAAUUAUUUAAAUUUUUUAGAUAGAUUGUUUAAAAAUAUGUGAAUUACUUUCAAAGCUUACACGCAAAAUCGUUAUGGGGUGCUUAAAUUGCAUAUUUAAAUAAUUUGAAUUUUAGGAUAUGUGGCAGCCGAGUGAAUAAAUAUUUUUGCAUUAAAGUCACUUAAGCACUUACAAUAUUGCAACAAUUAAAUCGGCUACAAUUUUUAAUUUAUUUUACUUUUUGGAUAGCUGGCAACCCUGCUCAAAACUAUAUCAAGAGUAAUGCAUUUGCAUGCAACUUUCGUUUGCUACCAAUACUUAAAUAUGACAUUUAAUUGCCAUAUUUUAUUAAUUUAAAUUAUUUGCGGCAACCCUGUUUAAAAAUAUUACUCUAUUAAAAUGCGUUUAAUUACUUCUGGCUUUGCAUACAAAUUUUGUUUGAUAUAAAUAUUGAAAUGUAUCACUUAAUUGCCAUAAUUUAUUAAUUUGAUUUAUUUUCGGCAGCCCUACUGGAAAAUAGUACUACAUUAAAAUGUGCUUAGUUACUUCUCGAUAUCUAGAUAUCAAUUUUUGUGAAUUGUAAAUAAACAUACAUAUUUAAUUAGUUUGAAUUUUAGACGGCUGGAAACCCUUUACAAAAAUAUACAAACUAAAGCAAUUUCACACAGUUUUCAUCUAAUACCAACACUUUAAUAUUCCAAUUAAUUAAUCUGAAUUAUUUGCGGCAACCCUGUUUAAAAAUAUUACUCCUUUAAAAUACUUUUAAUUACUUCUGGUUAGAUACCACUUUCUCAUCAUUUUAAUUACCUUACAUGCUCAGUUUAUCGUAUUUUUAGAUAGUUGGCAACCCUGUUCAUAACUAUAUCAAGAUUAAGUAUUUUCAUACAACUUUCGUUUGAUAUAAAUAUUGGAAUAUACCACUUAAUUAUCCUAUUUAAUUAAUAAUAUUUUCCGAACUAUUUGCGGCAACCCUGUUCAAAAAUAUUGCACCAUUAAAAUGCGCUUAGUUACUUCUGGCUAGAUACCAAUUUCUCAACAUUUUAAUUACCUCACAUGCUCAAUUUCCCUUAUUUUAUGGAUAGUACAUAUAUAUAGAAUAGUUGGCAACUCUGUUCAAAACUAUAUCAAGAUUAAGUAUUUUCAUAUAACUUUCGUUUGCUACCAAUACUUAAAUACACCACUUAAUUACCAUAUUAAGUUAAAUUAUUUGCGGCAACCCUGUUUACAAAUAUUACUGAAUUAAAAUGCUUUUAAUUAAUGCAGGUUAGUUACCAAUUUCUCAACAUUUUAACUACGUUACAUUCUCAAUUUAUCUUAUUUUUUUGGAUAGUUGGCAACCCUGCUCAAACCUAUAUCAAGAUUAAGUAUUUUCAUACAACUUUUGUUUAAUAUAAAUAUUGAAAUAUUCCACUUAAUUAGCAUAUUUCGAGCUAUUUGCGACAACCCUGUUUGAAAAUAUUAAUCAAUAAAAUGCUUUUAAUUACUUCUGGUUAGAUACCAAUUUCUCAACAUUUUACUUGCCUUAUAUGCUCAAUUUCUCUUAUUUUUUGGAUAGUUGGCAACCCUGCUCGAAACUAUACCACGAUUAAAUAUGUUCAUACAACUUUCGUUUGCUCCCAAUACUUAAAUAUACCACUUAAUUACCAUAUUAAUUAAUUAAUCUGCAUUAUUUGCGGCAACCCUGUUUACAAAUAUUACUACAUUAAUUAUUUCUUCCUGGAUUGACAUUUUUCCUCAUUUUUCCACAUUUACACGCAAUAUUACAUAUUUAACUAAUUUUAUUUUUUGGAUAGUUGGCAACUCUGCAUGAAAAUAUACUUGUACUAAAGUUUUCGGAAAGCCAGUUUAUUUUAUACUAGUAUUGUAUAUAAUUUUUUUUCUACGUUGACGAAAGAUCUUCCUCUUAGCCCUUACGAGACCACAUGUUGGGCUAUAUCUCUGAAAUCGGUUGGGAUAUCGAAAUUAAGACCCUGAAAGGCGAAUGCUGUAGAAUUUGUUUUCUCUAUUGUAGACAGUUGGGAAUAAUCUGCCAAGUUGUUAUGGAAUUUAGGUGGCAUGCUAACUUAGAAACCAAAACCCAUCCUACAAAUCGAUAUACAUUUUACAGUUAGAAUAUCCGUAAGAAACUAGCUGUACAAUACUAUCUUGAUUGCUUUGUAUAAAUAAUAGAAAAUAUGCAUUUAAAAUAAUCUUAAAUAUUUUUUGUUUGCCUAUAUUUUUAUUCUAAAUACUUUACAUGUUACUCAUACGCCGUGUCUAGCUCGAAGGCCAACACGUGUGUCGAGAUGGUUAAAAACACAUACUUACUUAGAAUAUUACGCAUAUAAACAAAGAAGGACUUGAAAUAAUAUUUUCCGUAUGCAGCUGUGCUUUUCCUGGCUUAGUUGAAUGGAGAGCCUUAAGCCACAUGCAAAUAAUUGUAAAUACGUGUGUGCAUAGGUAUAAACUUAAUUGAAUAUAAGUAUACUUAAACAUAUGUAGAAUUACACAAACACAAUUACACACACUUAGGCAUAUUUAAUACUAUUCGUUGCAUUUGCGAUUAGUUAAGCCAAUUAUGCAGGUGCUAAGUAUAAAUGAUGGCAAAUAUACAAACCCAAUGUCCUGCACAAAUGUGCUUGUGCAUGUAUUAUUGAUGUAUAUGUUUAUGUAUGUAUGUAUGUAUCUAAGAGUUGCGGAUGAUUCACAAGUAUAUCGAUAGGGUUUCGUGUGCGUGCGAUUUUACAUUUAGCUCACUUAGUUUAUAUUUGCCGCUUACGUAAGCUUAGCUAAUUAAGAAUUGAAAAAUAAAUCAAAUUUAAAUUUUAAAUUUCAAAACAAUAGAGAAUAUCAAUAAGCAAGAACAUUAAAAACGAAAAACCAAAGAAUCGACUAAAAUAUUUUAAAAUAUAUAUAAAAAUAUUAUUUAGGUAUCUACUCUUAGUGCAGAAACUAAUAUUAAAAACAUGAAAAAUAAGCAAAUUUUGCAACAACAAAACGAACGUACUCAUUUAAAUUUGUAAACCUGCUGAGCCCCUACGUUUACCGAUUUAAAUGAUUAGCAAUGUGUAUGUGUUUGUAUACGCACAUGCCCAUGCAUGUAUGUAGUUGAGUGCGCUUGUGUGAGUGCAACCAAGCUUGAGCAACUUUAAAUUCGAUGUUUCUAAAUGUUAGAAUUAAAACAAAAAAUUAAAUAACAAUAAAUAAAUAUGCUUGUAAGGAAAAAAAAAUCAAAACUGCAAAGUGUGUAUAUGUAUUUGUAUCUGUUAUGAACAAGGCUGUAAGUAACUGCUAAAUAUAUAAGUUAAAGAAAUUAAAUAUUUCAAUAAAACUACUACACACCUGCUAUAACAUUCAAUUAUUGUAUAUAUGUACGCAUAAAUAGCACAAAUUGUUAAUAAAAAAAUAAAUAAAUAUAUAAAAUAAUUGAAUUUAAGUGACGCAUUAAUGUUGCGCAACACUUCAUGUACGUUUUGUAAGCAUUUCAUAACAAUGUAGCGAAGGCGGGAUAUGGUAUGAGAUUUUAAUGCAAUGAAAUAUUUACGAAUAGCUGUUAAGUUGUUAUAAGUCUUAUUACUAUUAAUAAAAUUCAAUAUUGUGAAUGUUACGCUGAAUUGUGAAAUAAAAUUUCAAGAUUGUGUAAAUAAAUCACUUACGAAGUUGUUUUAUGUAAAGCUGAUAGCAGUGGUUACGAGGCAUUCGAAAUAAAAUUGGAUAAUAUAUAUAUAUAUUCGCACAAAUAGCAGAGGAUUUCUCCAAUACAUGAAACACAAUUUCGCAAUAGCCUGGAAUAUAAGUAUACCUACUCGUACCAGAUUGAAAUA